AUGGGUAAACAACCAGCUGUGAUAUUCAUUGCCAGGCACGGUGCACGUCUUGAUCAAGCAGACAGGAAAUGGACUGCCACCGCCGAAGCGCCUUAUGACCCUCCCCUAUCGUACGGUGGUUGGAUACAGUGUCAAUCGCUAGGCGUGAGGAUCAGCAAUGAGCUGUACAACCUCGACAAGCAGGCGAAGGCCUCGGGUGAGAAUAAAGAUGAUGCUGGUCAAGAGCAUCCCCGGAAGAAGCGAAAGAUUAUCAUCCACAGCUCUCCGUAUCUGCGAUGCGUCCAAACCUCGAUCGCGAUCGCAGCCGGCAUACAACACCCCCAGAACCAUAACAGACCACAGCCACAGCGCCUGCGAUCACGUCAACUUUCUAACCUCUCCCCGACAGACGAAGAGCCGGACAAUAAGUCGGAUGCCAAAGAUGUCAGUCGAUCCUCCCUGGAGCGCGUCACGAGCAAGGACAAGGAACACACAAAUCGCAUUGGAUACAAUACUUGCAUCCUGCGCAUUGAUGCUUUUCUCGGCGAGUGGCAAUCUGCCAACUAUUACCACGAGGCUUCAUAUCCGCCGCCUUCUGCUGUUCUCGUCUCCCAGGCAAAGAUGGCACUCAAGAUACCACAAGAAGAAAUCAAAGGUGCCGAUCUGUCGACGUCUGUCAACUUCAAUCUGCCCGACAUUGAUGUUAUGGAAGAGAAAGAAAAUGAAUCAACAACAAUGGCAGCACAUGAGAAGACGGGUUUGCGGGCAAUGGCGGCCGCCGGUCAUUCUUUCCCCAAGCGGCCGAGGAACAUCUCCUUUGGGACCGAGCUUGCGAAUGGUGCCAGAAUUUUGAACAAGGCUUUGCAGCGACCAUUGGGCUACAGUCCGCCAGUGCCAAAUUAUGCAAUUGGCUCUUCCGACAACAUCCCGCCAGGCUUUGCCGCACACGCCCGGGAUGCAUGCAUCGAAUUUGAUGCUAGCUGGGAUAGUCAGGGUGAACCUCUUGAUUGGGGCGAUGGUGGUCCGAACGAUGAGGAAUGGGGCAAGAUGCAUCGAAGAUUCCGCAAUGGAUUGCAGAAACUGAUCGCAUACUACGAAAAUCAAGCGGAUACAUCGAAUGGGGAUGCCGAGGGAUUGGUAAUAAUCUUGGUUUCCCAUCAAGCUGGCUGCAAUGCCCUCAUCAGACUCCUGACUGGAGCACCCGCUCUGAUUGAUGUUGGCCUGUCGUCGUUAUCCAUGGCUGUUAGAAAGAAAAAUGAACGCCCAGAUCUAGAGCCGCCAUCUCCAACUCGUCGAAGAGGCUCUAUUGACACGAGCAUCUCCGAGGACUAUGACAUGAGGAUUAUAGCCUCCACAGAACAUCUCCGUGCCGGAUCGAACCCUCUGGGUCUCAACUCACCCCGACUUGGAAAGUCACCUGCUUUCGCAAGUCGUCGAGCUGUGGGUGCUGACUCACCGGAUGGCUUCAGUCUCGGCGAACCCAUGGCGCCUCGUGGGUCAGGGUCGAUGAUGCCAGCCCGAAGCUCAAGUCAGAUAACGUACGGCGCAGAUGCCAUGGACCCAUCCGAGCCCUCCACUGGUCUAUGGCGAAGAGGUAGUCGUUACUCGAGAGACGAGACGGCAGACUCGAGCGAGGCAGGUGCGACACCUAGUGCGUGCAGCGGAACGAGGUCAGACAGUAUCCAGGAGGAGUUUCCGUCAGUAGAAGUGAACGGAGCACAAGUUCAUUCUGAUACUGUGGGCAGUGAGCAAAGAUCAGGCUCUCAUCUACUACCCGUUCGUAGUGCGAGCCAGAGAGGUCUUUGGGGCGGUGAGUCGUCUAUCAGAAGGGACAGGAGUCCUGGAAAGCGCCGUUGGACUGCUGUUGACAGGUCCCCUUGA